AUGCUCUCCGAACCCGUUGCGCAAUUCUACAUUGACAAGCCGGAGACGAGUCAGUCCCGGGGGGUCGACCUAUCAGUGCCGCACUUCAUCCUGUUCGAGGCGAUGGAUGAUCCCUUCUCCGGGGUGGUCCAGAAACUCUUCGAAUAUGGACAAUGUCCGUACGAGCGGAUCGAGGUGUCCAACAACAAGGUUUUGAAAAGCAAAGGUGAGAAAUUUCGGGACAAAAUAAGAGCUUUUAAUGCAUGGAAAAGCCUGCCUUCAUAGCAAAUUAUUUAUUCUUUUAAAUUGAGCGAUAUGAAGGAGUAAAUUUAACCCUUCAGGUGUGACAAUAUCAAAGUUGCCAGCCCUUCAAUUCGACGGUCUAACUCUCACUGGAUUUUCGACAAUUUGCCGGGCCAUUGCAACCCGUGUCGGGCUUGAUGGAUGCUCAGUAAAAGAGUCGAACGAGGUCGACAUGAUUGUUAAUUUUGUUGAAGCCGAGAUGACUCGGCUACGGCCGCUUAUUCAACGGCUUGAAGUCGAAGAGACAGAGUCCGAUGAUGACGAUGAUUUACAGAAUGAACAGCCAUUUGCAAGCAAAUAUGAAGGCUUUGACUUCAAAUUGGCCCCAAUUCUCGACGCCAGACUACGGUCAAAUCGCUCCAAAACACUUGUUGGGAAAAGUGUAGGUUGAAACUUUGAUAUCGCUUGUCGAUUUUAUGUAUAGGGGUAUGCUGAUAAGAGGCUUACUCUCUGUCUUUUGUCCUGUAAAGCUGUAGAGGAAGCUCUUAUAAGGCAACGUCUAGACGCCCUAAAUUUCUGAUAAAACUUUUAAUCUGCAAAUGGUGGAGGUGGAGAUUAAAGACUUGGAAGCGGCUUGUUGUACGAUUAAUGCUAUAAUCUUUAUUUUUUCUUUGAUUUACGCGGAGAAAUUCUCAAAAUGCAACGCUCAGAUGUCGAUGAAAUUAGGCAUAGAUUUAGAUAAAAAUUUUCUAACGCAUACGUGAGAUUUUUAGCUCGCGCUUUGCAGAAAUAACCAAGAUUCUUAGGCUGCAAGUUGGCGAAAAUUUGAAAAUUUUUAUUUCCAAUUUUACCAUGAACUAGGAGCCUUUUUGCUAUAGCCAGAAGUUUCCACAAAAAAAUUAGUUUUUUACAAAAAAAAUCACAAGAAUAUGGGACCUUUCUCGCUGACCAGUCUCCGAAUUUCGCCUGCUCUCUAACGCCCAAAAAAGUUGAAUAUUUCAGCUGCAUCUGCAAAGGGCAAGCUAAGCAAGCUCUUCAGCGAAUGAAGAGUAGCCCUAAUAACAUAAAAUCUGACCGUUUCUCUUUGCGUACUUUUCUUAAAAAUCUACAUUAUUUUCUCCUUACCACCAUUCUAGCUAACUCGUUAUAAUUCUCAUUUCCAGUUGACCUGGGCCGACUACGUGCUGGUCUACUUCAUGCGGACACUGAUUGAGCAUGUGGGUGGGCAGAUCCUCGACGAUUACCCGGACCUGGCGCACUACUACCACAAGAAUCAUGCCUUAUAA